AUGUCUCGACUGGGCGGUCGCGAUCUCAUCCCCCUGCAUCCCUCAGGUUUAGUAUACGGUGGUGGCGGAGGCGUCAUCUAUGGAGACGACGACGAUGUCUACCCACCCCCAACGCCACACCCUCCGGGCGUGUUGAUCCGGCAACCGACCGUUGUCCGCCGCACUUCGCGAGACAUUCCCUUGCCCGACUCGUGGCCGUAUCCUCCCACCCCCUACUCCCUACAGACCCGGUUCCCCGAACCGCCUCGAGGAUCAGUUCCGCACAAGCAGACCAUGAAGUUCACGCCGUGGAUCCUGAACUUGACUUCCGAAACGCACAAAUGCGCCGAUCUGAACCUUUUUCGGCUGCCGCGGCCGGUGGCCAGGGGAUCACUGCUGGGCGGAAGCGGUGGUUCCAGUGCUCGGAAUGAUCGUGGUGCCAUCCGGCUGGGCCAUCGUCAACAAGGUCACCAAGAUCCCGAGGGGAGGCGGAGGGGUACGGUCGUGCUGCCCAUCCAGCCCGGCCCUAAGCGCCGGAUCGAAUUCGACAUCAGCGUCAUGACGCUCUCGGAUGUACUGUACACGCCGGGAGCGCAGUACUCGGAGCUGAGCUGGAAGGUACUGGCGCGGCAAGGCUUCACUCGACACGUCCUGCACCACGACCACAUGCACGACGUGACAGAGCAGUACGUAGCGCGCCACUCUCCCCCGACGUCCGUGGAGAUCGGAUGGCAGGGGAUUCGGCGGGUCGAGCCACUGCCACUACCGUUACUCACAGCAGCAGCACCACCAGGAUUCCCAUUCCCAUUUCCAUCCCCCAGCUCAAACUUCCAUCCACCACGCCCACCACUAACACCAACACAUCGACCUCCGCCGCGAAGCCGCUAUCCGGACCCACGCGGACCCGGACCCGGCCCCAUCAACCGCUGCGGCCGUCUAGACAAGGAAUCCAGCGUGAUCCGCCAUCGCGGGGUGCCAGACGUCGACAUUCUGUGGGUCGGGUACGACAAGUUCAUAGACCCGUGCCACCUACAUGUGCACAUGACCGCCGCGGCCAUGGUCGACGUGCGUCUCUGGAGCUGGGGCGUCGAGAUGGGAGUCGUGGGUAAAAGUGCAGGAUUCCGUGGGUGGGUCGAUUGGAUCGAGGGGUCUGACCCUGAUGGCAACGGAAGGGGAACUAGCGCGGACAACAGGGAGGCGAACGACGAGGAAGACCUGUUUCGCAAGAUUGUCCAGGGUGGGUUGAGGGCUGGCGAGGAGCUGGGCAUCAUCUAG